UUUUUAUUAAGAAAUACGCUAAAAAUAGUAUUACAACUUGAGUACAACAAAUAACAAUUUUGUUGCUUAUAUUCGGUAAAUGUAGUAAAUAAAAAAUGAUAUAUUGCUUAAAAUAAUAAAUACAGACAUAUAAAUAACUGUUUAGGAAAUGAGUAACGUUUAUAUUCAAGAACCGCCUGCAUUAGGCAAGGUUCUUUUAAAGACGUCAGCCGGUGAUAUAGACAUUGAGUUAUGGACGAAGGAAACUCCGAAAGCUUCAAGAAAUUUCAUACAACUUUGUAUGGAAGGAUAUUAUAAUGGAACAAUAUUUCACAGAGUAGUGCCAGGAUUUAUCGUCCAAGGUGGUGAUCCAAAUGGUGAUGGUACUGGUGGAGAAUCAGUGUAUGGAGAGACUUUUAAGGAUGAAUUUCACUCACGCCUCAGGUUUAACCGACGAGGCCUGGUCGCUAUGGCCAACGCUGGGAAAGACGAUAAUGGUUCACAAUUCUUUUUCACUUUAGCUGCUACUCCGGAGUUACAAAAUAAACAUACGAUAUUUGGGAAAGUCACUGGUGACACAAUAUACAAUGUUCUGAAGCUAGCCGAAGGUCUCAUAGGCCAUGAUGAUAGACCAGAACACCCCCACAAAAUUAUCAGUACACAAGUGUUAAUUAAUCCUUUUACCGAUAUUGUACCGAGGGUUCAAGAAAAACCCCAAGAAGAGGACAUUGAUAAGACUAAAAAGAAAAAGAAAGAAAGAUUGGGAGUUAAGAAUUUCGGUCUCCUAUCAUUUGGUGAAGAAGCAGAAGAAGAUGAAGGCGAGGCUCUAGAAUUUAGAGGGAAACCAAAAUCGACACAUGAUCUUCUAGAAGAUCCUAAGUUGAGCAAGAAAACUGCUGCCGAAUUAGAAUUAGAAGAAAGAAAUGAAAAAGAUGAACAGGCAAUCAAGGAAAUGGGUCAAAAACGUGAAGAAACAGCACAAGCAGUCAGCAGUAUAAGAGAUAAGCUAAAAAAGAGAGAUUCACCAGAGAGAGAUGGAAAUAGCGGGAGAAAGAGAGCGGCGAGUCCAGAAGAAGAUAGCAAGAGAUCGAGUGAUGAAGAAGAGUAUUAUCUCGGGAAAGAGAGGGACAUAGAGAGGCAGAAAGAGAGAGAUCGUAUAAGAAACGAAAUAAAGAAACUCAAAAAGGAAAUGCGUGAACCGAAAGAAGUAAAAGAAGAUAAAAUAGAAGAAUCGAGCCAGAGUAAGAAGUUAGAAGAAGAAAACGAGAUGUACAAACAGUUUGUUGAAGAACAAGAAAAGUAUAAAAAGAUGAAAGAGAAAAUACCGAAGAAGGGCGCUGCUAGAGAAGAUUUCACACUCCAACUCCUAGCUAAGUUCAAAACAAAAUUGCACGCGAUUAAAGAGAAAGCUCAAGGCGAGGAAGAAAAGGCAGAGGAUGAGGAUGACAUUAACACGGAUAAUUGGUUGGGACAUACUCUACGGUUCGAAGACAAAGGCGCAGUUCUCGCUAAAGACGCUUCCACAAAAGGGGAUGAUUGGUUCGAUAUAUACGAUCCAAGGAAUCCGAUCAAUAAGAGAAAGAGAGAGAAGAAUGAUAAAAAGAAUAAGAAAUGAAAUGCUUAUAAUGA